AUGCAGCUCCCUCUUCAGUGUGCUGUUUGGGCAACUUCCUUUGUUUUUGCGGCUUGUCAAUGCCCCCUUGGCGUUCUCCUUCUCCAGGAUUGCAGGAUACCAGAAGACACAAUCUGCACCACUGAUGUUUUGGACAUCGCGGGCUGCAGUACCUACAUCAUCGGCGCCAGAAGCGCCCUGACUUUGUCGGAGCUUCACUCAGGAGCUGCGUACUUUCAAGUAGAAAGCGGGGCAACCGUGCAAACGGGACUGUUCAACAUCACGGCAGAGGAAUCCAUGCGCUAUGAGUUCGGCAGCCAGUCGGCCUUCACAGUGUCUCGGUGUGAUGGCACUCUUGAUGUGAGAGCCUGGCGCGCAGGCACAGAUGCAAGGGUUGGAUUGUCAGCUUGCAAUCUGUCCAACGCCACUGUUGAAAUCCAGGAAGGUGCUCAAAUCUUUGCAUUUUCUGCAUUGAUCGAAGGCGGGACAGGUUCAAGUUCCCCACUUGCUGUUGCGCCAACUGCUUCCUUGAUCCUGGGAAAUGGUCUUCGCGUGAGCGCGAACACCAGUGAUGUCGAAAUCUACGGUCACCUUGAGGCAGGUUCGCUCACACUGCAUUGUGCGACGCUGCUUCUCAAUGCUGGGUCCCAGGCCAAGUGUACAGCUUCGAAGUGCAAGGUGGAGAUUGUUGCGAGUGACAUCUUUGUUGAAGGAUUGCUCCAAGGUGGUGACAUCCACAUCAGUGCGAUGCUAUCAUUGACUGUUGGCAGCAGUGGCCAUGUGAAUGCUGAUGGCCUUGGCAGCUCACACACUGCAGCGAAUGGACAAGAGGUUGGUGCAGUGGUGGUAGUUACUGCUAUUGCUGGAGCAGUUGUUGCGGCCAGAAGUUGGCGACGAGCAUGGGUCAACAUCAAGGUUUUCUUCCAGCACUACGUCGCCAUCAUCGACGUUCUCCUCCACAACAGUGACAACUACGCAAUCGUCGACAUUUUCCUCCAGCCAAGUAUCAGCAGCCGCAGCGCAGUUUCCACAGACACGCGCACUACCAGCAGCGCUCCUUCUGCUUUGUCAGUGUCCCAAGCUGCUCAUUCCAGUUCGAGCCUCGCCACCACCGCCCACAGCUCACUGGGAAGUUCGGCUGUGACCACGACACUUCGUGGUGUGUCAUCGACUGCGAGCCAGGGCAACAUAGCCAACGUUGCUGUCAACUCCAGCAGCUCCAACGACAGUAGUGGUGGGUUUCUUGCUGAUUCCAGUUCGAGCCUCACCACCACUGCCCACAGCUCACUGGGAAGUUCGGCUGUGACCACGACACUUCGUGGUGUGUCAUCGACUGCGAGCCAGGGCAACAUAGCCAACAUUGCUGUCAACUCCAGCAGCUCCAACGACAGUAGUGGUGGGUUUCUUGCUGAUGGCUCCAUGCCUUUCAUUGGAGUCCUUGUCCUUGCAGUACUGCUCACGGCUGGCAGUGUAGGAGCUAUCUGUUUAUGUAUAGCAACGCGCAGCCCGCGCAGGCAAACCCCGGCUCCGCCUGUCUAUGUCCACCCUGACAGCACAGGCGUACCCUCCUACUGGUUUGAUGCUGCGAGGCCAGCAAGCGGAUUUCGACUUGUGAAGCCAGAGCAAGAGACUUGCAAGCACCUUUCGAAGAUGCUCCAUGUCACGAAUAAGACGGACCUUGAUGUUGGAUACGACGUUGUUUCCGGAAGGGGAACUUAUCAUCGCAAGUAUUCAACUCUCACCUUUCACACUGCAUGGAGAGUGGAACACCCUGACAUUUGGAGCAGCUAUGCAGCAAAGCGUGAAGCUAUUGCGAAUGAUGUGGACACGUUGUCGAAUCAAGGGCUAGUGUGUGUGCCGCCCGGGGUUCAACUACCAGGGGCCAGUGCGCUGCCAGGGCAGUGCUCCCAACGCGCCAAUGAGGUGUAUCUCUUAUGUGGAACGAAGCCCGAAAACCUUCAUGGUAUCUUGGCUCAGGGCCUCAACGUCCGCCUUGCAAGAUUGCAUGGCAUGCUUGGCAGUGAAGCGGCAGCAAAAGUGGAUCAAUAUACCACUCCAGAUUCAGGCACCAGUAUCUCUGAUCUCGGAGAACUACACAAGCUUCUUUUUCCGGCAAGGGGAGAUUCCACAGCAGCCACUGUGGAGAAGCACCCAGAGGAAGACAUCUUCUAUUGCUUGGUUGUUCGCGCUGCUCUUGGAUGGUGUGCUCACACUGAUGAUGGUGAGAAAGUGAUGGGCUCGGUGGACCAAAACAUCUUCCACAGUCCAGAGAUGCGUGAGCUUGCACUCGUUCCAGGAUCCAGUCCAGGGGUGAGAUUCCACUCGCUUGUGCUGGAGAAGGGCAAGCGCGCCAAGCGUUUUCGAGAAUUUGUGGUAUAUGACAACUCCCAUUGCUACGUUGAGUAUGUCAUAGCCUACAAACGGGAAUGA